AUAAGGAUUUUAGCCAUUUAGCAAUCGUCCCACCGUUUUGGUCAAAUCCUUUGUAUCUCCAAAGUCCUAAUUCAAAACCCUAAAUAAUCAUCAUCGUCGUCUUCUUCUUCCAACGAUCCUUACAUAUUCCAAUCGAAACUUGAGUAACGUCUCUCCAUGGAUACUCGUCGUGGAGCUCUUGCGGUUCCUAAAGUCCGUCGAGUAGGUUUCUUCACACCAAUCGAGCCGCCUCCAGAAUCCUCACAACGACCAAAUCGAAGCCAAUCCGGUCCCGUAGAGGCAACAACGUCUUCCUCUCCUCUCUCCAAUUCACCCUCCGGCAAUUUAAUUUCUCCGGUCUUAAUUCCACCGUCGCGUCAUCACUCUGACAAUUUAGCCUCUCGCGUUGCUGCUGCUGCUGCUCCUGUACCUGUCCCUGGACCUGCAGGUUUUCGCCGAUACUUAACUCAUGACCGGAGUCUUCUUCACGUUGGUAGUUACAAUCCUCCGGAUUCACUUCUCGGGACAUCAACACCGUCGAGUAAUGGAGAGUUUUCUGAGGAUUCGGCUUCUCUGUUUGGGUUCCAACGGAGUGAUUCUACGAAAUUAUCAGCAAGUUUUCCUAAUGGAGGCUUUGAUUUGACUUUAGCAGUUAGAGCUCCUCAGGAAUCGGAAGCCAAAAUUGCGACGGCGUCGGCUUCCGAAGGUCAAAAGAAGAUCGCCGAAGUUUCUGGAAAGAGUGAAUCUGUGACCACAAAACCCCAGAAGGAAAAGGAACCAAAAGCGCCGAAAGAUAAAACCACUAAAGCAGAAAGGCGUGCCAUCCAAGAGGCACAACGGGCAGCAAAAGCUGCUGCAAAAGGCGAAGGAAACAGACGUGCAGAUGAGUCUGGUAGAGCUAAUCCUGGCAAGGCUGCCAAAAAGCCCCAACCAAAGAAAGAAAGACUUCCCGUCACAUCCUCUAUUUCUGAAAAAACUGCUGUAGCCGUAGAAAAAGAGAAGAGGAUGGAUGUCCCUCAGACACUAAUGCAGUAUGAUGAUAGAAGCCGAGUGGAUAAAGCUAAGAGGCGUGCUGUGGUUGAACAGACCGAGAGCAAGAACAAAGUUGAAUUAUUUCUCCAUCUUCCUCAAUACGAACGCGGCAAUCAGCUUCCCAAUUUAAGCUCCAAUUUUUUCACACUCGAUUCCAUACACCAUGCGGUCUAUAAGGUGGGUUUGCAACAUUUGGCUGGAGAUAUAUCUGGGGACAAUGCACGAUGUAUUGCCAUGCUCCAAGCAUUUCAAGAAGCUAUAGAAGAUUACAUUACACCUCCUAUGAAAGACCUGACCAUGGACUUGACAACCAAAAUAAACGGUUAUGUUUCAUUCUUAAUAGAAUGCCGUCCGCUCUCCAUGAGCAUGGGAAACGCAAUCAGGUUCCUGAAGAACCAAAUAAGAAAACUACCUGUAAACCUGUCAGAGUCAGAGGCAAAAAGUUCCCUCUGUUCUGACAUUGGUCGGUUCAUAGACGAAAAGAUAAUUCUUGCAGACAAGGCAAUCGUGCAACACGCUGUAACAAAAAUCAGAGACGGAGAAGUUCUUCUCACAUACGGAUUCUCUUGUGUGGUUGAAAUGAUUCUCUUAUAUGCCCAUGAGAUUGGGAAAAAAUUCCGCGUAGUGAUUGUUGACUCACGCCCUAAUCUUGAAGGGCAAAAGUUACUUCGUAGACUUGUGACUCGUGGCCUCGACUGUACCUACACUCAUAUAAACGCCAUUUCCUACAUCAUGCGUGAAGCUACACGUGUUUUUCUUGGGGCUUCAUCAAUAUUCUCGAAUGGAACUCUUUAUGCAAGAGUUGGCACAGCCUGCAUUGCAAUGGUUGCAAACGCAUUUAGUGUUCCUGUAAUUGUGUGUUGUGAAGCUUACAAGUUCCAUGAAAGAGUCCUACUUGAUUCAAUCUGCUCCAACGAACUUGGUGAUCCAGACGCCAUAGCCAACAUACCAUCAUUUAGAACCAAUGCAAAGCAUUCAAAGACGAUGGACAACAACAAAAACCUUCAGUUUCUGAAUUUAAUGUACGAUUCUACUCCUUCAGAAUAUAUAUCUAUGAUUGUUUCGGAUUAUGGAAUGAUUCCUCCGACGAGUAUACCAGUGAUUGUACGUGAAUACAGGAGAGAACACUUGUUGCUAUAAAAAGGUAAUGUGUUUAGAAUAUUAGCAUACAAAUACAGAUAUAGUUUACGG